UAACGUUGAAUUUGAUAAUGCAGAUAGUGGCCGGCAGGAGGUAUGAGUACCAGAGUGACGGAGUGGUCAACGAGGAGGCACAAUGUCUAAAGAAGGUGUUCAGUCAAGUUAUGUAUCUGUGGGGUGAGUUUGUCUCCGGGGAUGCCAUAUUUCCACUCUGGUUUUUCAGGUGGUUGGAUUAUGAAGGCCAUGUCAAGUCCAUGAAAAAGGCUGCAAAGGAAGUUGAUGCCAUCUUGCAAGAUUAGGUGGAUGCUAGGAGGAAGGAAAUGAGAAGUAACGAAGAUCAGAAGUUUAUUGAUGUGAUGCUUUCGAUGAUUGAUGAUCAAUUUACCAAAGGUUACAAUUACUCCCGUGACACAGUAAUUAAAGCAAUUGUGUUGAGUAUGUUACAAGAUGCUAGUGAAUCGUUUGCGAAUCACUUGACAUGGAUAUUGGUUGUAUUGCUAAAACAUCCACAAUCAUUGAAGCGUGUUCAAGAGGAGAUAGACACAAACAUUGGCAAAGAAAGGUGGGCAGAAGAUUCUGAUAUCAAGAAUCUACCAUACCUUCAAGCCGUUGUCAAAGAAACACUGCGAAUAUACCCACCGGGACCAUACCUAGUUCCACACGAAGCGGUGAAAGAUUGUAUAGUAGAUGGCUAUCACAUCCCAAAGGGCACACAACUAUAUGUCAAUGUAUGGAGAUUACAUCGCGAUCCUAAAAUUUGGACGGAUCCAGAAAAGUUUUUACCAGAAAGGUUCAUGACAAAUUUAGAAGGGGAAACUGCCCAAAACAGACAAUAUCAGUUUGUCCCAUUUGGUCUUGGACGAAGAUCAUGUCCUGGAAUGUUAUAUGCAACACAAAUUACACAUGUUGCAGUUGCUCGACUAUUUCAAGGCUUUAAUUUCAACACAGCUCCAAAUGAGCCAUUGGACAUGACGGAAGGCGGAGGCAUUACCUUGCGUAAAUUAACUCCCUUGGAAGUACUCGUUACAUCGCGUUUACCACCUGCUCUAUUUGGAUUAUAA